AGAAGCACGGCUGGCAGCCAGGCUGCUCAGAUAGAAUUCAGCCCACAGUAACAGGUUUAUCUUAGACGAUCAGGCGAUACGAUUUAUUCCAUGUUCCGUGGCGUACAUUCCUCUGGGUCUGUUACUAAAGGAUUAAAAUAAAGCGUAGGAUUUUAAAGAAGAAAGUUUUCUUGGAAAAGAACUCGGACCAUACUAGCAUAUACGGCAUACAGUAGGUUGGUGCAUUAUAUAGCACUACAGUAAUCUGUAGUAUUUCUGACAGGAAAUUAAUAUUAACGCCCAUUCCUUUGCUUGAAAAUUCAAUUCAGUCAAUAAAAAGUUUCGAGCAAAGGAUAUCUAAAACAACACAAAGACGUGGCACGGGAAUGGGACGCCGUUUAUCUGGAUCUUUGCAUUCUCGGUUUGGUAAUUUUAACUCCUUUGGGGGAAGAUCUUCAGUGGCCAUGUGCCUCCUGGCUAAAUGCGUGAUGCUCUCGCAACUUCUGUUGUUGUCGGCUGAGGACGGCAGGGCGCUGCUGUGCGUGCCUUGCGACGCGUCCGGAUGCGCAGAGCCAAAGGCUUGCGGCGGCACGGUGCUGGGCGCUUGUGGCUGCUGCGCCGGCUGCGCCAAGCAGAGGCACGAGAGCUGUGGAGGCGUCCGCGGUCUCAACGGGACCUGCGACCGCGGACUCCAGUGCGUUAUCGGGACGUCUCCGGAUGGCCAUUCCGUCGAUGUCGGAGUUUGUGAAGAUGCAGCUUGGAAUGUCGAUCUGAGUUCGGGGUCUGAACCUUGCAGGGGAAGCCUGGUCAAAGGCUGUGAUCUGGUGGACAGGAAGUGUGUCUGUGGUCAGAAGUGGUCCUGUAGCAGCUCCUACUCCUUCUCCAGCUGGGACGUGUGCCAAGUUGCCCUCCAGAGAACUGAAGAGCCCAGCGAUGUUAUUCUGGCACCCCCUGCUUGUGGAGCCUUAGAGAACUGCAAUCUGACAGAGAGGGACUGCGCCUACGGAUUUCAGCAGGAUCUCAAUGGCUGUCGCACCUGCCACUGCCGGACACGAAAGGCGCUGUGCAGGGAGAUGAUGGCUGGCUGUGCCCUGAACUGCCCUUUCGGCUUCCAGACCGGAUCCCAGAGCUGCCCGGUGUGCCACUGCAGGUUACGACCCAGGAAGUGUCAGCCAACAGCCUGCGGCAAGCGCUGCCCUCAUGGCUUCCAGAGGAACAGACUCGGGUGCCACAUUUGUCGCUGUAAGACAUGUCCUGAGGUGACUUGUGACAAGGGCUGCCCAGACGGCCUCCAACAUGAUGUUCGGGGUUGUCCCGUCUGCCAGUGUAGAGACCUCGGCACAGCUGCUCCCCUGUCCCCGGCUGUGGUGGGCCUCUGUCUGUCAAAGGAUGGCCGUCAGCAUGGUGAUGGUGAGACCUGGCACGACGGCUGCAGGGACUGCUACUGCCAUGGUGGCCAGGAGAUGUGCUCCUUGAUCUCCUGCCCUGCACUGGCCUGCCUCAGCCCCACCCUUCAGCCAGGCCACUGCUGCCCUUCCUGUCCAGGUGGCCCGCAGACUGAGCAGGUGUCCCACAGACCCCUGCUGAGGAUCUUGCCAGUGUGCCUUGGCUUAGACAGGGAAUACUUUGCAGAGGGGAAGACUUGGAGCAUUGACUCCUGCACCCAGUGCACCUGCCUCCGUGGUCAAGUGUUAUGUGAGACCAAGGUGUGUCCACCCCUUUUGUGCCAGCGGCCAAUCAGGACUCAGGAUUCCUGCUGUUCACAGUGCCCAGGUGACCCCCUACCGGCUCCACGCCCUAGCAACAGUAGCUGCAGGGAUGAGGUAGGGGGUGUGUAUGGCGUGGGAGAAUCCUGGAGGCCCGACCCGUGUUCGAGCUGCGCCUGUGUCGACGGGGCCAUCAAAUGCCUGGCGGAGUCCUGCCUGCCAGCCUUCUGCACGGACCCCGUGCUGCACAAGGGCCAGUGCUGCCCCCACUGUUUGGGGGAUGUCGGUAGGAAGGCCGUGUGUCACUACGGUGGGGCCGCCUACGCCGAUGAGCAGCGGUGGCACGUGGACGACUGCACGCGCUGUUACUGCCUGCAGGGACAGACGCUCUGCUCCACCGUCAGCUGCCCCGCCCUGCCCUGCCGCAAGGCGGCACGUACCAGGGGCCGCUGCUGCCCCAUGUGUUCAGAGAGUCUUUCUGCAAGUAAUUCCAGAGCUACGGAAGUGCGACUAUGGGAUGGCCUGAUAAAGCGGUAUGCCCCGCCUCCAGGGGGCGCCCUGAUGGUACCUCUCAAUGGGGGGUAUGGUAGCCAGCAACACUUGGAGAGCCAGAUGCCAGGGGCCAGGGAGAACAGGCAUUUCUCAGCGGCCUGGAGUGCAUUACCCAUCCUGGUGGUAUUUAUCACCAUCGCCGCCCUCCUGGUCAUCAAUAAAAAAAAGAGACGGAUCGACAUUCUUUGCUUUUAUAGAAAUAAACAGGUAAUGUGGACGGCACACCGUGAGGGUCUCCAGACGGAUCCUUAUCGCCCACUCCGCCAUGCCGAAUUUAACUCGAGAUAUGGUGGCGCACGUGAGGUGCCAGAGCAGAACAACCUGCAAGAUGACGGCUUCUAUCAGACCGUGUGAUCGGACCAACGCCGAGAGGCUCCAUAUGCUAACUAACUCUACCAUCUGAAAUAAAACGAUAAAAGUACACUCGGAGACAGGGGACCAUGCGUUGAGCUGAAAAUGAUGACGGGUAGCUGUGUCACAACGUGAUAAGUGACACAUGAGCCUACGUUUCAUGAGGGUGACUCUGUGAACACCAGCGGAUGGCAUCUAUCUCCUCAUUUAUUUUGUUCUGGGAUGUAUGACGUUGAUCCGGCGACUCCGAGAUCACAGACGUGCUUCAAAACAUAUACAUCACUGCUCCCGUUAAUCGGCACGGAAAGGUAAAGCUUCGUAUGUCUUCAAAGACAGAGCUACCAAAGGUCUGAUGUCUGAAGCAGACACGGUGCUUUGAAAUGUUCACUUUCUAGCCCAUUGCUGCCCAGCAUCUUAAGGCUGAUUCUGAUUCUGUUUAUGGUGGGGCUUAUGUUCGAUGGCACGUCCGAUCGUUUAUUCCAUCACCCCCUUUCGUUACUUUAUGAUAAAGACGUAAAUGUGUCGGUUGGAUCUAUCUAAAGUUCAGCUAAGAAUUUCAAUAAAGUUGUAACCUUUUUUGCUGUAAUAAGUGACUGCAACUAAAUUUGUUUAAAUUCACUCGGUUCGCUGAUUGCUUUACCCUUUCAGUUUGAUAUUUUACUGGUACAAUUCCAGUUAAGUAGGCUACUUUACCCAGGACAAUGUAACAGGGUGCCUACUUAUCUGCAUACUGUUAUUGUCUAUCGGCAAGGCAUCAGUGCUUCAAGUAAUUUAAUUUGACCACGGCAAUCAUUAAUUGCAAAUUUUCACACAUUUUCUUCAGUUUAAUAACACGUGCGUCAUUUGCAAUAGGGUUUAUCAUCAAACUUCACAUAAAUACAAACAUGCCUCCAAGAGAUGCAAACGUUUACUAUGCCAUAUUAACUUUAUAUCACAUUACCAAACUGUUCAAUAUAGAUUUUCUAUAAAUGUUCGUGAGAUUUUUAUUUAUGUAUUUAUUUUUGGUCAUAAUGUUGUGUCAGUAUUGCAGGUUUAACGCUCAUGGUGUAAUACGCACAACCAGACGAACACAGAGGAGGAAUAUGCAACAAUUUGGGUUAGAAAAUAAUUGUCGGAUGUAAUGGUAAUUAUUACAUUACGUUACAAUUUUCCAUGACUGAAGGUACAAAUAGAAAUUUCAUAGUAAGAUAUUCCAGGUGUCCUCAUGAGAGGUGUGAAUAAUCGUGUUAAGACAGCAGAUAAUAGCAGAGGUACAGCAGGGCCUAAUCAUGGAGCUGUGUGAAUGACAGCUGAUAUUUUCUGUGGAUCCUUUCUUAAAUGUCUGACACAAUGCAUUUUUUGA